AUGGCGUGGACCAUUAUCUCUAUACGUGCACCGUCGUGCGUUGUCGAUGAUCCUCACAACGCUAUAUUUCGCACAAGCGAUGACAUAGAGUACACCGAAGAUGAUUUUUCCGCCAAGAGCAUUACUGAGCAAAGCGACCAUGGUACACCCGCUCCAACGUCUCUCCCUCCUGAUGUCACACUUGCCUUGACUACGGAUCAUUUUCCGAAGGAUCCUAGUGUCGGCUUCGUCUUCGGAACAGACAGGGACAGAUGUGAUAUACUCCUUCCCUCACUCUCGGAGUUUGGCAUUAGCAAAAGGCAGUUUGCUAUUACGUUUCAGACGACGACUGGGGCUGUUCUUCUUCGAAACUUGUCUAAGCAGCGAACAAUAAUUAUUCUGCGAGGCGUUGGUCGGCGAAUUAGACUAAAGGAGCAGAGGGUUCUUCCUCAGGGAGGCUCAAUUGUGUGCUUUUUUGGGCUAGAUCUAGAGUUCAAUCGGACUUGGGGAUACGACGAUAUGUCCCACCUCUACAUUGCUUUUCUUGACAGACUCGCAAAGUCAAUUCCGAAUCUUGAAGCAUUACGCCUCUUGACCGCGACAGAACCGUCCGCGACAGAACCGUCCGCGAGGACAUCUUUCAGCCAGGCACGAAGCGUCUACGGGUCCGAACGUUGUAUUGGGUCUGGGGACUCCGCGAGAGUUUUCCGGGCGAUGCACAGGCAAACCGGUGAUUUGGUCGCGAUUAAACGCUAUCGCGAAGAGACGAGCUCAGCUACAUUCUUUAAGGAGGCUAGUAUAUUCUGCACGCUCAAAGACAGACAUAUUCUUACCUUUCACGAGUUUAACGUUAAAAAUGGAGUAGCCGAGCUCAUUAUGGAGUACGCUGUGUUCGGUAGUCUGGUCAAGCCAAUCAGAUAUAAUAAGCUUACCGUGGAGGAAGCCUGCACGACUACCAAGCACACCCUCUUAGCGCUGCAAUAUCUACACGGCAAGGGCAUUACCCAUCGGGACAUUAAUCCGGCCAAUAUACUCAUCACGACUCGUAACCCUUUUCACGCCAAGAUUGCCGACUUCAGUGUAUCUAGCCAGGCUGAGCAGCUCAACACGUUUUGCGGCACGAAACGCUAUCUCGCUCCCGAAGUCCAUCGACCACCUUACACAGCCAAGGUUGACAUUUGGUCCGUAGGAGUCGUGGUGAUGUAUCUCUGGGGACUUCUUCCCAGGAAUGGACACGAUUCGUGGACACCCAGGCAGGGACCCGGCUCGUGGACAGAGCAAAUUGUGGCGCGUGCGAGGGAUGUAUCGAAUAUUACGACGGAAUUAUUGAACAUGUGCUUGCAACUUGACCCAGAGAACAGAGCCACCGCUGAGCAAUGCCUCCAACUACCUUUGUUUCAUAACGAGGGCGGUGGGGGGGAAGGAGGGGCCCCUUUCGUAAAUCAUCUUGAUGACGGCGUGAGACGUGAGCCUCCGCACCUACCUGAUCAACAGCGACAAGCGCCUUUGGCGCCCAGCUACGACUUGCCGCCCGAAGCGUUAGACGUCUUGCGCCCAGCGACCGCCAAUGCUGCGUUUGCAGCUUGGCAAGGCGAGGGUGUAGCGGCUGUGGGGCUCGAUAACAUCAUUCCAGACACUGCGGCGUGCAACAUGCAGGGGAGACCAUUGGACCUACCUGCACAGAGAGAAGAGCAUCCAGUGUGGAACGGUGAUGCCUUGGAACCUUUUCUGCCGCAUGGAGAAGGGUGGAUACCUGCAUUUGAUCUGCAAUUGGAGGGUUGGGAUGGUGGUGAGAACUUUGUUUCCCUUGAAGGAAUUCCCACCAUGAACCCGAUCAACGUGAACGCAGAAGCAAUCGGUCCAGGCGCCAAGGACAACGAGACCCUUGUUGCCAGAGGUAUAAUUUACCACUUUUUCGACUGGCGCGGAACAGAAAUUGCGCACAUCCCGGAUCAAGCUAUGGUCAACGUUACGCAUAUGGUGGCGACAGCUGGCCUGCGUUUUUGCCAAAUUCGAGGUGCGCAGUUCCAAGAGUUGAUCAAAGAUAAAAAACGUGUCAUUACGGGCAUCAACAGAAUUAGAGGGACAUAUAUGCCUUAUAGCAACGCUAUAGACGUAUGUGUCCAGCUCAGGAUUGAUACGAGCGGUCUGCCCAGUUUUCUAUCAUAG